GUUCAAUAGAGUUUAUUUUGACCACACCUUUCCGGUUGAUUUUCUCUCUGCAUUUUCACUAUUAUUCCACAAAUGAAGCAUGCGAUUUUCACAUGUGUAUAACAGAGUUGUUCCCAAGGGCAGGACUCAAUACGCCCCUUUGUAGCAGGAUCACUCAUGUUGGAUCACAACAGUUGACAUCGAUGAGACUCUUGUUAUGGUGUGUUCUACAACGGAGCCUGUGCCUGACAGCCUCAUGUCCACCCCAAAAACACGAGAGGUGGCACUGACAUGUAAUUGGUGCCAGGCAAAAAUACAAUCAGUUGCUGACUUCUUACUGCUUUCAAACGAUCUACGACCAGUCAUGAGAGAAAGUGUUGCUGUUUGUGGUGACUCGUAUUCAAAAUGCCGGGACACAAUUAUCGCAAGAACAAAAGGAUUAUCAGUUUUAAUUAGCUCCAUGAAUGCUCAACUACACAGUGUUACCACACGUUGGCAUGACAUCAGGGAUUGUUUAAAAGAAAUCACUGAGCUUGUGAUAAGCAUCAUAGAAUGUUGCGCCCAUGCAACUCUUAUAAUAAGUGUACAAAAAUACCAGUGCUUGCAAUCUCAGCCAGGGGUCAUAGACAAAUACACAAUGGUACGUGCCAAUAUAGACAUUGAACUGUGCUGUAGGAGAAUACAGCAAUCAAACCCAGUCAUUGAGGAACUUUCACCGCAGCUCUUAGUAGAUAUUUGCUCAGAAAUUUCCCAUAAUUUAUCCGUAAUGACGGAGUGUUGUCAUCGUGCUAUAGCGUGCACAGAUGACUGUAACCAAGAGCAGUAUAAACUAUGUGUAAAGUGCCUCACAGCAAGCGCGAGUUGCUUAAUCAACAGUAUUAAACUUUACAAGGCUAGUCCUACACCGACACAUCAUCACCGCUGUGUUACAUUUGCAGAGCCGUUAAUAGCAGCAGCCAAGGCUCUAGUGACAUUUUCCACUGAGGAAGAAUUUACGGGUAUACCUGGAAGUACAACCUCUGCUGGCAGAGAGGCACAAACCGCAAUACUUGGUUCUACAAUGGGUAUCACAUCUUCAUGUACAUCCUUUAUUAAAGCUAUUCGGGAUAUAGCAUAUGACAAUACAAAUGAACGGCAUCGUCAACGAGUACCAAUAUGUAGUCAGUCCAUAUCUAAAUCCAUAGGGCAACUUGCUGAGGUGUUAGUCAGAUUUCAAAUGGAAGACAUGAGUUUGAAUUAGAUGUAUGUAUACACUCAUAAAUAUGUUGCCAGCCUCCUCAAGCCGUCCAUCAGAAUAGCCAAGAACUAAAUACAGAUACAGAAAAAUAAAGGAUUGAAACGGGAUGACUUUUGGAUAUAUUUUCGCAAGAUAUCAAUAUGCAAAAGUUGACAAAAAAGUGUGACGAGCUAAUGAAUCAUAUUAUUCAUUUUACUUGGCCAACCUUAAGUAUAUAGAUGUCAGUGAUGGUAAUCUACAUGUAUAUGAUUUAUGUUAUUAUGAAUGGAUUAUAGUGUAGUAGUAUAGUGAAACCUGCAAAGUGUAACACCUGUAGAAGUGGAACACCU